CUUUCGGAAAAACUGAUGGAAUAUGUUUACAAAUUAAAAUAUUGACAUUGAUUGUGGAUAUAUUAUAAAAGAUUCAUUCGUAUCUUUGAGAAAGGCUUAGGAAUUAAAUUACUUACAAUACCAAUAUGCCAAAUUAUCGUGCUAUGAAAGCGGAAUUUUUUACAAAAUUCAAGGAUUCCGUUAAAAAAGAUAAUCUCUAUGAGUUUCUUAAGGCUUCGAAAGCAAUUUUAUCAACAUGGAAAGAAAGUGAUUUCAAAAAUCUGAUUGAGCUGACGAUUCGAGAAGUUCUGUUAGAUUUCAUUAAAAGUGGAGCUGAUAUUGUACUUUUGGAAAGAGUUUUCCAAUUUUCAAUUGAUGCAGCUUUACAAGAUGCUGCUGCUGGUAAUAUACCAGUUCUUGUCAUUGGAGAUAUGUUUGAAUCCUCUACUAUUAUUGAAUGUGAAACAUAUUUUUCUUUUGUUGAAAGCAGAGUAGAUAUAUUCAAAAAGGAUAUAUUCUUUAAAGUAUGUAAGAAUCAUCUAUUGAGGUCUUGUAAUGAUUUACUGAAAAGGUUGUCUAGAUCACAAAAUACUGUGUUUUGUGGCCGAAUUCUUAUGUUCUUAGCUCAUAUAUUUCCUUUAUCAGAACGAUCUGGUUUGAACAUUAUAAGUGAAUUUAACUUGGAAAAUACCACUGCAUACAACACUAAUGAUGAUAUGUUCAAUGAUAUUGCUUCUGAAAAAGGUGAUGCAGCAGAAGAAGGAGAAAUUUCAUCACAAAAUCAGAGCUCUUUUGUAGUUGAUAAGAAUUUGUACCAGAAGUUUUGGUCGCUGCAAGAUUAUUUCCGCAGUCCAAAUACUUGCUAUAAUAAAAUGCAGUGGAGACAAUUCACUAAUUGUACAUCUGAUGUCUUAACUGUAUUUGGGAGCUUCAAAUCGGAUGAUGCAAAUUCAUCAAAAUGGAAGCAGGCAAAAUUGCCAUCGCCAAAUGGAUCUUGUGUUUAUUUUGCUAAAUAUUUGACAAGCCCUAAGUUAUUGGAACUGGAAUUGAGUGAUAGCCAUUUUCGUCGCUAUGUUUUAGUACAGUUCUUGAUUCUUUUUCAGUACUUAUCACUUCCAGUGAAAUUUAAACUAGAAUCAUAUGUAUUGACAGAAGAACAGCAAAACUGGGUUAAAGAAACUUCUAAGAAAAUAUAUAAAUUAUUGGAAGAAACUCCUCCAAAUGGAGAAGCAUUUUCUCGUGAUGUCCAACAAAUUCUUCAAAGAGAAGAAUACUGGAAUGCAUGGAAGAACGAAGGAUGCCCUGAUUUCAAACCCUUGUCUGAUAGAGCUGAAGUUGAAAAAAAAUUGACAAAACGACCCAUUGAAGAUAUUCAUACAUAUCCCAAUAAAAAAGCAAGUGCUGAAGUAACAAAAAUUUGGAACACGAAACCAAAUAACUGGGAAGCUUGCAGAUCUGCUAAAAGGAAUUUCGUUCCCUCUUUGGAAACUUAUUUUGGAAUAACUCCUAAAACUGAAGGUGGACAAGUAAUUCAGAAAAGAGAUACAACUGAUAGUAAAUAUACAUGGAAAGCUUUACGACUGUUGUGUAUGAAGUCACCAUAUAUUUUUACUGCCAAUUCAACUCCAGCUAAAAGUGUAUCCGAAUACUUGGACACUAUUAUACAAAAAGUAGCAAAAGAGAAACCUCAAAUUCAACAAGAUAAUAUGACUGUGGAGACAGCUGUGGCUGAAGAUGAAACAAUGGAAGAUACGAAUGAAGAUUUUUUUCCUAACUCAGAAGAAGAUUCCAAAGAUGAAGUAAAAAAAGAGAAUGUUUUGACAAAAGCUUUGAUCCAAACUAUAUCUAGUAAAUUACAAGAUAACUGGAAAACUCUUGCUGUAAAAUUAGGAUUCCAGGAUGAUGAAAUCGAAUAUUAUGAAACAUUUCCUGAUACAAAAGCACAGACUGAGCAAAUGCUGACUGUUUGGAUGGAAAGAGAUGGAAAUUUAGCCGCAUUUACAAAAAUCCUGCAAAGUGCAGGAUUAUUAAGUGGUGUAUUGUCAUUAAUUACCUCAUAAUUUUGGUAUUCUUCAUUUUGUAUAGAUAUCAUUUUGUAAAUAAAGUACUUUAUCAUGAU